AUGUCGACCCGAAAUCGCUUCAAGGCAGAGGUGCCGGUAUCUUCACUAUCCCAAGCUUCAUCGCCCUCGUCCCCGAACGGCAACAUGAAUAGCCUCAAGAAGGCGCCUUCGUCACCGUGGUAUCCCACCUUUCUCGAGAGCAUCCUGCUGGCCAUCUACCCCUUCACUCUAGUCCUGGGAUCCUUGUUCAGCGUCUUGAACAGCACGACCCGCAACACCCCCUACAGCGGCGUCCUCCAGUCGCACCCUCCAUCCAUCGCACCCUCGUACUUUGCUCUCAAGUCCAAUGUCUUCAACGUCUACUUUGUCAAGAUUGGCUGGGUCUGGAUCACAGGCGCCUUCUUCCUCUUCUGCUUCACCCACAGCUCUCUGGGUCCCCGUUUCCAACCUACUCUCACCGCUCGCCGCAUUCGCGCCAUCAUCCGCUACACCGCCGUGACAGCCGUGUGGUGCGCGGUCACCCAAUGGUUCUUCGGCCCACCCAUCAUCGACCGCGGCUUUAGACUGACCGGCGGCCAAUGCGAAAUCAUCUACUCGGACGACCCAAUCAACAAUUACAAGCAGGACCAAAUGAGCGACGCCAGAGAAAUCUUCACUCAUGCUGCCUGCAAGGUCGCCGGUGGCUCCUGGAGAGGCGGCCACGAUAUCAGUGGCCAUGUCUUUAUCCUUAUCCUCGGUUCUGCUAUGCUCUGGCUCGAAAUUUUGCCCGACGUGCUCAGGAACAGCGGUUUGCGCGAAGACCGUCGCAUCCGUAUGCAUGACGGUGCUGUCAAGACUGCUGCUGUGGAAACUCAGGACAACAAGGGCAAUGUUCAUGUCCCCAGCGAGUUGGGUUUGGGCGUUAGAGUUGCUCUGUGCAUUGCGGGUCUGAGUUGGUGGAUGUUGCUGAUGACUGCUGCGUACUUCCACACUUGGCUGGAGAAGUUUACUGGCUUCCUUGUCGCUUUCAGCGUCAUCUAUGCUGUGUACUUCGUCCCUCGUGGUGUGCCUGCUGUCAGGAGUCUCUUGGGAAUGCCUGGUGUAUAG